AUGUCAUGGCGAGUGAUCUGUAAAGAUGAAGUCAAGUGGGUGUUCAUGAUCAGUGUGCUCUUGACCAGGCGUGAGGCUGUCCAAGAGGAGGCCAUUGUAGCUGCACAGUCAGCCAUGAGCUUUCUCAAUGCGAUGUCAGAAUACGAACAGUGGGUCUUCAUGAAGUCCCGACAAUUCGAGGGCGGCACGCUCAGAGCAAUCGACAACUGCAGUAUAGUUGAGCUGGCUUCCAACGAUAACAUAUAA